UAUCGGAGCUGAAAGGGACAAAAUACAAAACUGACCGUUUCCAAUUUUCUGACUGAGCCACCACUUCCUCUGGACGAGUUUUCCUGGUGGGGUUUAACACCUCACCCAAGAGGACCCCUCCCCCUCCUCACCGCCAACUCCUCAGAGGGAACGCAAGCAGGCAUGGGGCGGGGGCAAAUUUCCGACGGUUUCCCUCGUCCGUCUGAAAAACGGGCCCCCGUGUGGUCCCAAAUUCAAUCGUGUUCACGAGAUCUUCCACUCACGGACCGCAAGUCGGCCAGAUCUGUUUCAGUAUGGAGAGAAGCUCAAUCGAUCCGAGACCUCCGUUCCUGUCAGGUUUCCGCGUAUCGAACGGCAGCUCUUCCUCAGCCAGUC